AUGGGUUCAGGGAAGACCCCUCCUCAAGACCACUCCGGUUCAUCUCAAUCCCGCCAUCAUCCCCCAGGUGCUCGUCCCGGAGGUGUCCCCGCGGCUACUCAAUUCCCCUCCUCUCUCGCGUCCAAGAGAACCUCGCGAGACUCUAUAUCAUUUGCAUUUCCCCCGCUCUUCCAGCCCAACACGUCCUCGACAUCUCUUGUUCCUUCGACGGCUGAGGGAAAGCCGAUUCCCCUCGACGAUAGCACCGCCGCACAUCGUACUUCUGCCCUGCGCGAGCUAAACAGCAAUUACCCUUCCCGCCAUCGCUACGCCAAGUCUACCGGUGCCCAAAGCAGUACAUACUCUCAGCCCGUCAUUGUAAGGACAUACUCUGGGUCUCACAGCCGGCCCACCAGUACCAGUCGCAGUAACGGUGUAAGCGGAGGUGGUCUCGGCCCACGAACCGCCUCGUCCGUGGUGAGCGGCUCCGCAGCUUCUGUACGGCGCAUCAUAGCUCUUCGCACCACAUUCGGCGGGACCAAGUCUGCUCAGAAUGGAGGUUUGAGUAUGGCUAGAGGAAUGGCCAAGAAGCGCCUGGAGGGCCAGGAUGCCCUAGCCAAGCUCCCGCCUGUGGAGGCUUAUAGCUUCAAGAGCAUGAUGGCCAACAUUGAGGCGGAGGAGGGAGAGAAUAACAUCAACGCCGACCUCGAUCGAAUUGCCGAGAUAUGUGCCCGAUCGCGAUACUCUUUGAGUAACCAGUACGAGGUUCAUGUUGCACCUCACGGAUCCGGCGCAUCUUUCACAAGCCGCGCAUCGUCUUCCAGGCGCCAGCGCCAGAGUGCUGGUCCAACACUUGAAGCCGUUGUAUCGGAUGAAGAGCGCAGACAUAAGAAGCGACGGAGUACUGGCAGGAGGAGAAGUAUAGCCAUGGGAACCUUGGAGACGAUUAUGUCUUCCAGUCGGUCUUCCGAGGAGGACAAGUCGAAGAAGAAGUCGGCCGCAGAGAUCACCGCCGAGGUGCGAGGCAGGGCCGCACGCAAGUCUUCAGGCAGCACGACGCCCACGUCUUCGGUCAGCGAGGGCGAGGGACAGUCAAGCAAGAAUCAGAAAGACCAGCCGCCGCCACUAGUCAGGAGGAAAUCCUCAUCAUUCGCCACGGCCAUGUUGGAGAGCACGCGACAGUCCGUGGCCACCAACAAGCCUGCCUCGCCCCGAAGCUCAGCAACAGCUUUAGUCAGCGAGCCGGCUUUGCCAAAGACGUCGACAAGGCAUCUUGAAGUUCGGACGGAUGUCGACGAGAGCGUGGCGCAUCGCCAUGUCCACAAAGGAUCGGACGAAAGUCAUCGAGCCGAUACAUCUGGGCCCCAGCACCACGAGACAUCAGCCCAGUCUGAUCAGACGAAGACACCGACGGGUCUUCUGGCCGGACUGACUGGAUGGGUGCCGUGGAGAUUGCCGCCUGUCGUAGGACUUGGCUCAGCGUCUGCUCAAGGCGGCGUGUCGCGAAGCCAUGCUGAGGGUAGCUUACGCGAAUUGCUCAAAACGGCGGAGUUCAAGGUCAAGGGGAAGGGCGUCGAAGGUCAGUCAUGA